AAUAUAUUAUUUUAUAUUUAAUAUUCCUUGGUUUAUUUAUGAUGACUGGAAUCUAUGCGAAGUCAGCUUAUUUCAUAAUUAUGGAUAAAAUUGUCUGCACUGCGAAUCCCGAAUACACAUUCCCACCAAAAUGUUCACUCGAUAAAAGUUAUAAUCCAGCAAGAGGUUUUAUAGAGAUACAAAUGAAACGAGAAAUCAAAUCACAAAGAUAUUCAUUAAAUUUUACCAUAACGAAUAAAAAGAAAAAAAGAAAUUUAUUAACCUUGAAAAAUUAUGAUGCUUGUGCGUUUUUUGAAGGACGUGUUUCAGCUUUGUUGAAAAUUUUCAAGGAAUUAUUGGAAACAUAUGGAGAGCUUCCAAAAAAAUGUCCCAUAAAAAAGGAUUAUCAUUAUAAACUUCAAAAUAUGACCGUCAGCUUGGAGAGAUUUCCACCGUAUUUUAUCGAAACUGAUUUUUAUAUAAUCACAAGGAAUACUGUGGGGAAAGAUUUUCUAUUUGCUCUUGAAUUUAGUGGAAGAGUUAGAAGAAAUGAAGAAGUAAAAAAAGAUGAAAAUGAAGAAAGUGUUGAAAAUAAUAUAUUCCUGCCAAAUAAAAAGAAUAAGAAACGUAAGAACGGCCCUGCCAUAACAUAAUAUUAUUUUUAUAAUACAAUUAUUAAUACAUAUUUGACAAAACUAUAAACAAAAUUUAAACUGCACAUUUUUUGUUUAAAAUUUGGAAGGGAAUGGAAAGUUUGAAUUUUUCUAUCACUCAAAAAAAUUCUUUAAUAGUGAUGAUACUUGAAAACGUAUACAAAACAAAAUAAGUUAAAUGUUCGUGGAAUUUUAACAAUCUAAUUUAAUUCAAUUAAAAUAAAAAUAGAUUCUGAAUCUCAAUUGAAAAACAAAAAUAAUUGAGGGCUGAUGUUAAUUUUGCUUUGAUUAAAGAUUAUAAAGAUUGAUUCGGAAUUGUAACAAUUUUUAUUUAACGAUGGGUUAUUAUGUUAAUUUUUGUAAUAUGAUCGGUCAGGCAUAAAAA